AUGGGCGGAUCAGUGAAGCAAAGUCUUCCCUAAUCUUUGUGAAGACUAUAGUUACAGAAUCACAAUAACACUACACAUAUCAUCACUAAAACUAACAGGACACAGGUGGGGUCACAAUGUCCUGUCUGGAUGAGGUGCCCUUAAAGAUCCCUCUUGGCUUCCUUGAGGAGGUUAAGGUCAUCACAGCUCCAGAACUCACUGUACCAGACUACCUGAAGAUACUACAAGAUACUGAGUAUGUGUUCAGUCUGGAGAACCGGGUUCUGACGGGUCUCCAGAGCGGCUAUCAAACCCUCGGCCUGCGCUGCGAGAAGAUGGCGACCUGUCCUCCAUACUGGAUGAUGUUCAGCAGUCCUCAGGAGAGCAGAUUGGCCAGCCGCUGGAGCAGCGACUUCUGGGAGCCCGACCCUCGUCCCCGCAGCCGCAGUUUAAACGCGGCCCACUACCGUGCCAUGAAGGACAGAGUCAAAUUCACCAUUUCAGACUCAGAAGAUGAGGAAUUCAAUGAAGAAGAUGGGAUGGCCAAAAGCAAGCCUAGACAGGAUGGUUCGUGCUCGCGAAGAGAAGCUUUGGAGUUGAAAGACUUGAACACUUGUGGAUCAUCGGAUUUCUUGAACCUGCCUCCACCUUUCGGUCUCUACACACAGAGCAGGGGAACCAUCCGACAGUCUUCUCUAAGCAACACCAGAAGAACCCUCCAGAGGAGCCAAAGAACCGCUGGGCAUCCGAGAGUGUCAUUCGCGUCUUCAAAUGACCACGCGCAGUCUGAAUGCAUUUCUCCACUCAGGCACAAUAAACAAACCACAAAGGCCUGGGGUUCGUCUCGUCCCCCUGCGGUGGCCCCAUCACGGCCACUCCAUUCCCACACCACGUCCCUGGACUCUUCAGUCGAGCUGCUCUCCGCUCUCAGCCCAGAAGAGAGGGAACUGCUGGCGGCCGUGACCGAGCGGGGUUACCCUCUCCGUACAGCUAUCAUCGCCCUGCAGAAGACGGGCCAGCAGAGCCCUGAGCAGAUCUUGAGAUAUCUGGUGGCGUGUGAUAGGCUUUGUGAACUUGGCUACGAUGAAGCUCAAGUUGAAGAAGCGCUGGAGAUGUUUCAGAACUGUGAGACCAAGGCCGAGGAGUUCCUUCACCUUCUCACGCAGUUUAACGAAAUGGGCUUCCAGCAGAAUGCCAUUAAAGAGGUUCUGCUGGUGCAUGAGAACCACAGAGAGCGAGCGCUGGAGGAGCUCAUGACCCGCGUGGCCUGACAAAUGGAUGCUGACAUGAGUCAACUGCUGUCAUGCUCUUUAUGCUAUUCAUAGCGCUCACAUAGCUGUGGCUUGUUUAUAAGAUGCUAAAAUACAUGUAUGUAUAUUUGUUGUGUAAUGUAGAUUUGUGUCGAGUUAGAAUCAUGAUCUUGGAGAGAAGCAAAGUAAGGAUGUUGGCUUACAGAAGGAAAACUUUGCAUUUGCUAAUGUACAGUAUUUAUGGAAAUGUAAACAUGGGAAUGUGUUAUGUUAAUCCUUUCUUGGAAUUCAUGAAACUUUUUUAUUUUACAUACAUUAGAAUUGUUUAUUAUGUAAACACAUCUAGGCAACUUUACUAUAACAUAAAAUGAGAAGCACAAUUGGUACACAUCAAAUGUUUUUAGUUUUCAAAACUGUAAAAAAAACUAUAGGCUUUGCUUAAUUUCUUGUGUAAAUUGAAAUUUAAGUAAAAUUGUGUGCAAAGUUUGCACAAAGCUACACCAGAAAAUUGUAAAAAAAAAAAUUGUGGGUAAAAGCAAUUAGUAGGAUUGAGUCAAUUUUUUUAUAUUUUUUUUUACACAUUAAACAAAAUACUGUGAGAAAAAACGUGACAGAAUAUUUUAAGUAAAACAAACACAAAAAAAUAACUAAAUUCUACCAGUUGUUUUUAACAGUGUAUAUGAACAGAAAACGCAUUCAAAAGGUUUAGAAUAGUUUGCACAUUUUUUAUUUAUACUUCUCUGUAUCUAUAUGUGAUAUAAUGUACAUACAUAUAUUUGUUAAAUGUGUAAAGCAUGUAAUGUAUUAAAAUGGUUUGCAUAUACGUGUGUCUAUAUGUCCUCAAAAACACAUUAUCAUGAAGAAUUAAUAGCAUUUUUGACAAAUAUGUUGAAAAUGUUGCACACAACAAACAAAAAAGCUAAUCACAUGAGUGAAUAAGACAGACAUGACAAAAUACUGUUGAUAGACUACCAAACUUUUUUUUUUUGGUAAACUGUUUGGUUUUCAGAAUUCUCGGGCACCCAGUGUUGUAAUGAGUGAACCUACUGCAACCGUUACCAAAGCAUUCAGGAAUGUCAGGGUUUCAUUUUCUGAAGGUUUCAAACAGUCAGUAUCCAGUCUUACCAAUUUAGGAGAUCACAAAGCCUUAUAUGAAUAAAGUAUAAUUUAUGAUAA